AUGUCUCCUCAGAUCAAAACUCCUCUCUUACCGGAGAAAGAUCAGUCCUCGUCUGAGAAGCAUGGAUCAUCAUCAACCUCCGGCGUCGUUUUCAACGUGUCGACGAGCAUAAUCGGAGCUGGGAUAAUGUCGAUGCCGGCGGCGUUUAAGGUUCUCGGAGUAAUCCCGGCGCUGUUGAUAAUCACGAUCAUAGCUUGGCUUUCUACAAUUUCUGUUGGGUUUCUGAUGAAAUCGACUCUCGCCGGAGAAUCGACUACUUACGCCGGAGUUAUGAAAGAGUCGUUUGGGAAAACAGGAUCCGUCGCUGUACAGAUUGCUACGAUGGUUGCUACUUUUGGUUGUAUGGUUAUAUUCUCUAUUAUCAUAGGAGAUGUGCUUUCGGGUAAUGAAAAUGAACAUUAUGGUGUUCUUCAAGAAUGGUUUGGUUCUCAGUGGUGGAACACGAGAAUCUUCGCUUUGUUGUUCGUCUAUGGAUUCGUCUUGCUUCCAUUGGUCUUGUGCAGACGUGUGGAAAGACUGGCGUAUAGCUCUGCGGCGUCGUUUCUUCUUGCGGUGCUAUUUGUCGUCAUAAGCUCGGUGCUGGCAAUUUCAGCGCUGGUGAAAGGACAAACGAAGAAUCCAAGACUAUUUCCAGAGUUGAACAAUGGAGGAUCGUUCUGGAAUCUCUUCACAGCUUCCCCUGUUAUUGUAACAGCCUUCACGUUUCAUUUCAAUGUUCAUCCGAUUGGAUUCGAGCUCAAAGAUCCGUUACAAGUGAUCCCGGCAACUAAGAUCUCUGUCAUCUUGUGCGCUGUGAUUUACUUUGCCACUGGACUCUUCGGGUACCUUCUCUUUGGAGAUGCAACGAUGUCGGAUAUUCUAGUGAACUUUGACCAGAGCUCUGGUUCUUCUAUUGGUUCUCUUCUCAAUGACACUGUUAGGCUCAGCUAUGCGCUUCACCUCAUGCUCGUCUUUCCUCUCAUGAACUUCUCGUUGAGAGCAAACCUCGAUGAGCUCAUGUUCCCCUUGAAACCAUCAUUGGCAAAAGACACAACAAGAUUCAUCGGACUCACUCUGGCUCUACUGAUUUGCUGUUUCUUGUCUGCAAUCACGGUACCAGACAUUUGGUACUUCUUUCAGUUCUUGGGAUCAACCACCACAGUUUCCAUAGCAUUCAUAUUUCCAGCCGCCAUUGUUUUAAGGAAUGUGCAUGGUGUAUCGACCUCAAGAGAGAAGAUCCUAGCUUUGAUAAUGCUUGUUCUUGCUCUUGCCACUAGCGUCGUCGCUAUCACAACAAAUUUAUACAGCCUCGCAGCAAAUUAA